AUGACGAAAAUCAUGAUGGUUGGUCUAGAGGGUGCCGGAAAGACCACUAUUCUGAAUGAGUUGUCAGAAGACAUCUUCCAUGAUGGGCAUAAUGGCGAUAGUAUCCAGUACGACGAUAUGGAACUGAUUUCGUGGGAUGUUCCUCGUCGCUGGGGAAAUAAUCUUUCGAUAUUGAAGGAAUUAUUUUUUAGUGAUCGCGAGCUUAUUAGCGAUGCUCGGGAAGAAUUGCAACGCUUGCUGAAUAAAGACGACUUCAGGGAUGCUACCCUACUUGUUAUGUCUAACAAAAACGACAUUUCUGGUGCUAUGAACACGGCUGAGAUCACCAGCCAUCUUAGUCUUUCAGGUCUUACACACCGCAAUUGGUAUAUCCAGAAUACCUGCGCUACUACUGGCGAUGGUCUCGAAGAAGGUCUUGAAUGGCUUAAUGCCAAUAUUCAUCGAAAGCAUUAG